AUGUCAGGCAAAGGAGGAAAAUCGAAGAGCGGCAAAGUUGGAGCCAAGGCCAAGACCCGAUCAAGCCGAGCUGGACUGCAGUUCCCUGUUGGAAGAAUCCACCGAUUCAUCCGCAAGGGCAACUACGCUGAGCGAGUUGGUGCUGGAGCCCCAGUCUACCUUGCUGCUGUGCUCGAGUACUUGACUGCUGAGAUCCUUGAGCUGGCUGGCAACGCUGCCAAAGACAACAAGAAGUCCAGGAUCAUCCCCAGACACUUGCAGUUGGCCAUCAGGAACGACGAAGAGUUGAACAAGCUGCUCCACGGAGUGACCAUUGCUCAGGGCGGUGUGCUGCCAAACAUCCAGGCUGUGCUCCUACCCAAGAAGCAGUCUUCGUCUCAGCCCAAGUCUGACAAGAAGAGGGAAGGAGAAAGUGGGAAGGAGCUGGGAAGGAGGGAAGGAGGGAAGGAGGAAGGAGGGAAGGGUCUAGAGGGAAGGAGAAAGUGCCCAGAAGGACGAAGAGGGUGCAAGAAGAAAGAGACUAGAGGGAAGAGGAAGGACAAAGAGGAAGAAAGGAAGGACAAAGAGGAAGAAAGGAAGGACAAAGACGAAGAAGGUGCAAGAAGGAGCAGUCGGGCUCACAUAGUGAGUGAAGAUACUCCCCCCCCCCCCACAAGAGCAGUCCGGCUCACAUAG